AUGAGGAAUUUCAAAGGAGUCAACUUUGGGACUCUGCUAAGCAGCCUGAAGGAAGCUGAAGAGUUGCUGUCUGACUUGAAGGAGUUCCUGUCCAGGUCUCCCGCUGAUUUUCCCAGUACCCGAUCUGAUGCUGAGAGGAGACAAACUUGUGAUGCCAUCCUGAGAGCUUGCAACCAGCAGUUAACUGCCAAGCUCGAUUGCCCUAGGCACCUGGGGAGUCUGCUGGAGCUGGCAGGGCUGGCCUGCGAUGGCUACUUGUCGUCCACCUCCCAGCGCCCUCCUCUCUACCUGGAACGCAUUCUCUUCAUCUUACUGCGGAAUGUUGCUGCUCAGGGAAGUCCAGAGGCCAUGCUUCGCCUUGCCCAGCCCCUCCAUGCCUGCUUGGAGCAGUGCUCUCGCCAAGCUGCCCCCCAGGACUAUGAGGCCAUUGCUCAGGGUAGCUUUUCUCUGCUUUGGAAGGGAGCAGAAGCACUGUUGGAGCGGCGAGCCGCCUUCUCAGCUCGGCUGAAGGCCUUGAGCUUCCUAGUACUCUUGGAGGAUGAAAGUACCCCUUGUGAGGUUCCUCACUUUGCUUCUCUAACAGCCUCUCGAGGAGUAGCUGCCUAUCAGCUAUUUGAUGCCAGCGGGCAUGGUCUAGAUGAAGCAGAUGCUGAUUUCCUAUUUGACUUGCUCUCCAGGCAUGUGAUCAGAGUCCUAGUGGGAAAGGGCAGUAGUUCUCUUGGUCCUCUCUCUCCCCAGAGGGCCCUCUGCCUCUUGGAGCUCACCUUGGAACACUGCCGUCGCCUCUGUUGGAGCCGCCUCCACAACAAGGCCACCAUCGCAGUGGAAAAAGCUCAUGGUUACCUAAGGAACACCAGUCUAGCCCCUAGCCUCCAGCUAUGCCAGUUGGGGAUUGAGCUGCUGCAGACUGGGGAGGAAAGAUCCCAAGCAACGGCCCAGCUUCUGAUGAAGGCAUCAGCGGUUCUGAACAACAGUAUGGAGGUACUGUCAACCCCACUUCGGGCAUUGUAUGAUAGCUGCCAGUUCUUCCUUUCAGGCCUGGAGCGAGGCAUCAAGAGGCACUAUGGACCUGAUGCUGUUCUGAAUCUGUUUGCUUUUCUUGGAGGAUACUGUUCUCUUCUCCGGAAGCUGCAGGAUGAUGGUGUCUCUGGGGAUUCUACCAAGCAGCAGCAGCCUUUGCUUCAGAUGUACUUUCAGGCUCUUCACCUCUACACUGGGAUAGUUUAUGACUUUGCCCAAGGCUGUCAGGUAGCUGGUUUGGUUGACCUGGCCCAACUAGUGGAGAGUUGCAGAUCUACUGUUGUCUGGAUGCUAGAGGCCUUAGAGGGCCUAUCAGGCUGUGAGCUGACUGACUACCUGGGGAUGACUGCCUCUUACACCAGUAACUUGGCCUACAGCUUCUAUAGUCAGAAGCUCUAUGCCGAGGCCUGUGCCAUCUCCGAGCCAAUCUGUCAGCACCUGGGCUUGGCAAAGCCAGGAACUUAUCCUGAGGUGCCUUCUGAGAAGUUGAACAGGUGCUUCCGGUUGCAUGUAGAGAGUUUAAAGAAACUGGGUAAGCAGGCCCAGGGCUGCAAGAUGGUGACCUUAUGGCUGGAAGCCCUGCGGUCCUGUAGCCUGGAGCACAUGACUGAGCCAGUCACUUUCUGGGUUCGGGUCAAGAUGGAUGCGGCCAGGGCUGGCAACAAGGAGCUACAGUUGAAGACUCUUCGAGACAGCCUGAGUGGCUGGGACCUGGAGACCCUAGCCUUCCUGCUGAGGGAGGAGCUGCAUGCUUACAAGGCGGUGCGAGCUGACACUGGGCAGGAACGCUUCAACAUCAUCUGUGACCUGCUGGAGCUGAGCCCUGAGGAGACACCAGCUGGAGCUUGGGCUCGAGCUACUUACCUGGUGGAAUUGGCUCAGGUGCUCUGCUACCAUGACUUUGUCCAGCAGGCUGACUGCUCUGCCCUGGAUGCUAUCCAGGAAGCCCUCCAGCUUCUGGAGUCUAUGAGGCCCAAAGCUCAGGCCCAGAAUCGGCUUCUGGAUGAUAAAGCACAGGCCUUGCUGUGGUUCUACAUCUGUACCUUGGAGGCCAAAAUACGGGAAGGUAUUGAGCGAGAUCAGAGAGCCCAGGCCCCUAGUAACUUGGAGGAAUUUGAAGUCAAUGACCUCAACUAUGAAGAUAAACUCCAGGAAGAUCGUUUCAUAUACAGUAACAUUGCCUUCAACCUGGCUGCAGAUGCAGCUCAGUCCAAAUGCCUGGACCAAGCCCUGGUCCUGUGGAAGGAGGUGCUUACAAAGGGGCCGGUCUCUGCUGUGCGGUCUCUUCAACAGACGGCAGUCUCCCUGCAGAUCCUAGUGGCUCUCUAUCAGCUGUUGGCAAAGCCCCUACAGGCUCUGGAGGCCCUCCUGCUUCUGCGGAUCGUCUCUGAGAAACUGGAGGAUCAUGCGAAGUCAGCCAGCUCGUCCUGCCACCUCACUCAGCAACUCCUGAACCUCAGCUGUCCCAGCUAUGCCCAGAUAUACCUGGAAGAGGCAAAAUCAAGCCUGAAGCGUCUUGAUCAGACUACUGACAUGUACUUGCUCCUUUCCCUGACCUGUGAUCUACUUGAAAGUCAGCUCUACUGGACUCACCAAAAGGUGGCUGAGGGUGUCUCUCUAUUGCUAUCUGUCCUUCGGAAUCCUGCCCUCCAGAAGUCAUCCAAGGCUUGGUACUUGCUGCGUGUCCAGGCUCUGCAACUGCUGGCUUCCUACCUUAGCCUCUCAUCGAAUAGCCUCUCAGAUGCCCUGCGGGAGCAGCUCUGGGCCCAAGGCUGGCAGACACCUGAGACGGCACUCCUAGAUGCCCACAAGCUCCUUCGAAGCAUCAUCCUCCUGCUGAUGGGCAGUGAUGUACUCUCAAUUCAAAAAGCAACCGUGGAGACAUCGUUUCUGGACUAUAGUGAAAAUCUCGUACAGAAAUGGCAAGUUCUUAAAGAGGUGCUGAGCUGCUCAGAGAAGCUGGUCUGCCGCCUAGGCCAACUGGGGAGCGUGAGUGAAGCCAAGGCAUUUUGCUUGGAGGCCCUGAAAUUUACAACCAAGCUGCAAAUACCAUGCCAGUGUGCCGUCUUCCUUGUACUAAAGGGUGAGCUGGAACUGGCCCGCAGUGACAUCGACCUCUGUCAUUCAGACCUACAGCAAGUUCUGUUCCUGCUGGAAUCUUGCACAGAGUUUAGUGGGGUGGCCCAGCAUCCAGAUUCUGUGAAGAAGGUCCACCUGCAGAAGGGGAAGCAGCAGGCCCGUGCCCCCUGUCCCCCAAAGCUCUCAGAGGAGGAGCCCUUCCUAAGAGGCCCUGAUCUGGAGCUGGUGGCCACUGUGGCCAAGGAGCCUGGCCCCAUUGCACCUUCCACAAACUCCUCCCCAGUCCUGAAAACCAAGCCCCUGCCCAGCCCUGGCUUCCUGACCCAUUCACCCACCUGUGCCUGCUCACUGUGUGCCAGCCCAGUCCUCUCAGCAGUAUGUUUGCGCUGGGUGUUGGUCACUGCAGGAGUGAGGCUGGCCAUGGGCCAUCAGGCCCAAGGUCUGGAGCUGUUGCAGAUUGUGCUGAAGGGUUGCCCUGCGGCUACCAGGCGCCUCACCCAAGCUCUCCAAGCUUCCCUGAAGCACAAAGCACCUCCCUCCUCUGUCCCAAGCCUAUUGGAUGAGAUCUUGGCUCAGGCAUACACACAGCUGGCACUGGAAGGCUUGAGCCAGCCAUCAAACAAGAGCCUAGGGAAGGUCCUGGAGUCAGCGCUGAAAUUUGUAGCAGCACGGAUACACCACCUGGAGCUCUGGCAAGCCAACCUGCUCUUGAUUCAGGCCCUUGCCAAACUGGCUAGCCUCAAAUGCUGCACUACCCAACUUUUUGCAGUCACCUGGGGCUGGUACCCAUCAUUAAUAAAAAGCCCCCCAGGCUCAGAGCCCUCUAAGACUCGGAACCAAAAGCGUUCUGGACGAGGGAACCAGCCGGUAGCCUCUGCUCCCUCAGCCCUCCAUAUUACCUCUCAAAAAGGUCCAGAAGGUGGAGGGCCACCCUGUACACCUAAGCCCUCAGGCCGGGUCAGGCCAGCUGGUCCUCGUGUCCCCUUCACUGUGUUUGAAGAUGUCUGCCCUACAAAGAGCAAGCCUGCAGUUCCUCAGGCCCCCAGGGUGCGUCAGAGAAUCCAGACACGCCUCAAGGUGAACUUCAGUGAUGACAGUGACUUAGAAGACUCUGUCUCAUUUGAACCACCGCUUGUAGAGGAACCUAGGAGACGGGGCACUGCUUCCCGGGGUCGAGGAAAGGCUAGGAAUGGCCCAAGUUUGAAGACAGAUACAGUGGCUGCUCUAGAUAAUGCACCUGGACAUCAUAGCCUGAGUGGUAGAAGCCGGAGGGCCAAGAAGGUGGUAGUAAGACAUUGUGAAGAGCAGGGCCAGCCCAGACUGGGUCCUGAGAUCAUGAGGACCAUCCCUGAGGAGAACUUCACUGACAACCAGAUGGAAAUGAGCUUUGAGACCCUCAGGGGUUCUGACGGAGAAGAAUCAGCCUCAGGUGGGAAGGCACCAGCUCCAGGUCCUGAUCCAUCCAUAGGAGAAUGUGAGAUGUUGAGACGAGAUUCCAGCAAGGUGGAGCUGCCUAUCCUGAGCCCAGGCAAGGGAAGCAACAGUCCUUGGCUCCAGACCUCCUUGGCUCCUGUAGCCAUUGGCCGUUCUACCCUGAAUUCCAUCUGUGAGUCACUGAGCGUUGCUUUUCGUGGGAUCAGCCACUGCCCUCCUAGUGGGCUCUAUGCCCACCUCUGCCGCCUCCUGGCCUUGUGCCUGGGCCAUCAAGAUCCCUAUGCCACUGCCUUCCUUGUUUCUGAGUCUGUCUCCAUCACUUGUCGUCACCAACUGCUCACUCACCUCCAUCGACAACUCAGCAAGGCCCAGAAGCACCAAGGAUCACUCGAACUGGCAGAGCAGCUGCAGGGGCUGAGCCUCCAGGAGAGGCCUGGAGAUGUCCCUUUUGCCCGCAUCCAGCACCUCUUUUCCUUCAGGACUUCGGGGUCUGGCCACUUCCCUCAGCCCGAGAAGGAGAGUUUCCAGGAGCUCCUGGCUCUCAUCCCCAGUGGGGUGACUGUCUGUGUGUUGGCCCUGGUCACCCUCCAGCCUGGAACCGUGGGCAACACCCUCCUGCUGACCCGCAUGGAAAAGGACAAUCCCCCAGUCACUGUGCAGAUCCCCACUGCCCAAAAUAAGUUCACACUGAGUUUGGCCCUGAGAGAGUUUGAUGCUAUUCAGAAGGAUCAGAAAGAGAACAGCAGUUGUACUGACAAACGAGCAUGGUGGACGGGGCGGCUGGCGCUAGACCACAGGAUGGAGGAUCUCAUCACUUCCCUAGAAAAGCAUGUGUUAGGCUGCUGGCGAGGGCUGCUGCUGCCAUCCAGUGAGGGGCCUGGCCCUGCCCAGGAGGCCUCCCGCCUACAAGAGUUGCUGCAGGAAUGUGGCUGGGAAUAUGCUGACCCCACUGUGCUGAAAGUUAUGCUCAGUGCUGCCAAUACCCUCACCAGCCAGGACAUUCGGGCUCUGGCCUAUGGGCUGUGCCCAGCUCAGCCAGAGCGAGCCCAAGACCUCUUGAAUGAAGCAGUAUUACGUGUACAGGGCCAGACAGCCCCAAGCAAUAGGCACCUUGUCUUAGUGCUAGACAAGGACUUGCAGAAGCUGCCAUGGGAAAGCAUGCCCAGCCUCCGAGCACUGUCUGUCACCCGGCUGCCCUCUUUCCACUUCCUACUCAGCUACUCCAUCACCAAAGAGGUGGGAGCCUCAUCAGUGCUGAGCCAAGGGGUGGAUCCACGAAAUACCUUCUAUGUCCUGAAUCCUCACAAUAACCUAUCAAGCACAGAGCAGCAAUUUCGAGCCAAUUUUAGCAGCGAAGCUGGCUGGAGAGGGGUGGUUGGGGAGGUGCCAAGUCCCAAACAGGUGCAGGCGGCCCUGACAGAGCAUGACUUAUAUAUCUAUGCAGGGCAUGGGGCUGGUGCCCGCUUCCUAGAUGGACAGGCUGUCCUGCGGCUGAGCUGCCGGGCCGUGGCCCUGCUGUUUGGCUGUAGCAGUGCAGCCCUGGCUGUGCAUGGAAACCUGGAGGGAGCUGGCAUAGUGCUCAAGUACAUCAUGGCUGGCUGCCCCUUGUUUCUGGGUAACCUCUGGGAUGUGACUGACCGUGACAUUGACCGAUACACAGAGGCUCUACUGCAAGGCUGGCUUGGAGCAGGACCAGGGGCCCCCCUUCUCUACUAUGUCAGUCAGGCCCGCCAGGCUCCCCGACUCAAGUUUCUUAUUGGAGCUGCACCUGUAGCCUAUGGCUUGCCUGUAUCCUUGCGGUAG